AUGGAGAAAAAAGUACAGAAAAAGGUUGACAAAAUACACAACAAUGGACAUAAAUAUGGACUUCAAACUAUAGUUGUGCGUGAGUUUGAGCCAGAGGACAAAAUAGAGGUACAGCGGAUAUUUUAUGAAGGGCUGAUGGAGAUGGUACCAGACACUGCCUUCAGAGGCUUGAAACAUCACCCUGAGAGUCUCCUGCUCUAUACUGCUGUGACAGUUCUGUGUUCUGUCAUUACCAUGUGUUGGUGGGUGCUAGGACUCCUCCCAGCAGUUGUGCUGUGUGGGCGCUACUUCUACAGCAGGCGGGUGAUCCAUGGUCACCUGGAACAUGCUAUGAGCAGAGACAUGGGUGACUUGGAGGGCUUUUACAUGAAUUCACCAGACUCUCGUCUGUGGGUAGCAGCGAUAGAAGGCAAAGUGGUGGGUGUCGUAGCAGCAGUCGGCCAGCAGAAGUCAGGAGGUGCUGUCGAGCUGCAGCGGAUGUGUGUUGACCGGAGCUGUCGGCGGUGUGGAGUUGGGGUUGCACUGGGAAGGAAAGUUCUGGAGUUUGCUGCCGCUCACAGAUACUCAUCUGUUGUGCUGGGAACCACAGCGUACACACCGGCCGCCCAUCAGCUCUACCAGCGUCUGGGUUUCCGAUGUGUGGGGGUCACCAAUGGGUAUGUCACACCUGGUGCGAGAUGGUCCUUACUGGAAAGAAUUUUCUACAGAGUCCGCCAUCACCACUACAGACUGGAUGUGCAAAAAUAA